ACCUCGUUCGGUUAAUAUGAUAGUUUUGAGGUUAUGUGUGGGGAGUAAGGAGCUAGUUGCGAGUUGGAGUUCAAAAUAAAGGGGUUUUAUUGGGACUCUUUGUGAAAAAAACCCUUGACUGUUUACUAUAAAGUGACUUAUGACAAGAAAUAUUGAUAGAGGUUCCAAUGCCGGAGUAUUAAUACAUAGGAAAUGAACUAGAAACACAAUGUUUCGAGGUGAUAUGUAGUGAAAAGAAGUUCAUUGUGGAAAGUGUUAGUGAAAAUGGGGUGCGCGACAAUGUGUGUGUGAGCGACAACUCCCGCGACAAUGUGAGACAAUGUUGGUAUGUGCGGGUCGCGCGCCACCAUCCGCGCCGACCGGACUACAGAGGCUGCUGUGUGUGCUGCUCGCCGUGCUGCUGGCUGUGAGGUGAGUGGCGACAUUAUGUGUAUGUGAGCGACAACUCCCGCGACAAUGUGAGACAAUGUUGGUAUGUGCGGGUCGCGCGCCACCAUCCGCGCCGACCGGACUACAGAGGCUGCUGUGUGUGCUGCUCGCCGUGCUGCUGGCUGUGAGGUGAGUGGCGACAUUAUGUGUAUGUGAGCGACAACUCCCGCGACAAUGUGAGACAAUGUUGGUAUGUGCGGGUCGCGCGCCACCAUCCGCGCCGACCGGACUACAGAGGCUGCUGUGUGUGCUGCUCGCCGUGCUGCUGGCUGUGAGGUGAGUGGCGACAUUAUGUGUAUGUGAGCGACAACUCCCGCGACAAUGUGAGACAAUGUUGGUAUGUGCGGGUCGCGCGCCACCAUCCGCGCCGACCGGACUACAGAGGCUGCUGUGUGUGCUGCUCGCCGUGCUGCUGGCUGUGAGGUGCGGCUUAGGAGUGUCGCUGGGGGCGCACCUGGUGUGCGCGCGCGUGGCGGGGCUGACGGACAAGCAGCGCGCCAUGUGCCGCGCCUCGCCCGCCGCCAUCGCGGCCGUCGGAGAUGGACUAAGGAUGGCGUACGCGGAGUGCCGGACGCAGAUGAGCGGGUACAAGUGGAACUGCUCCGGCGUCGGCGACGGAAAUGACUUCGGACACGUUAUGCCGCUAGCGACGCGGGAGGCAGCAUUCACGUACGCGAUCACGUCGGCGGGCGUGACGCACGCGCUGACGACAGCGUGCGCGCGCGGCGACCUGCCCUCCUGCGGCUGCGCCAACACCAGGCGGCGCGCUGCUCACCCCCAGGAGCAAUUCCAGUGGGGCGGGUGCGGGGAGGUGGCGUACGGUUCCCGGUUCGCGCGCCGGUUCCUGGACGCGCGGGAGCUGGAGACGGACGCGCGGUCCCUCAUGAACCUCCACAACAACCGCGCCGGCCGGAAGAUGGUGAAAGACCUAGUACGUCGCGAGUGCAAGUGUCACGGUGUGUCCGGGUCGUGUUCGUUCCGAACUUGCUGGCGAGCGUUACCGCCGUUCCGCGCGGUCGGCGCCGCGUUACGCGAGCGGUACGCGCGAGCGAGACUUGUAGCGCCGCAUCCCCCUGCCGCGAACACGCAUCUGGUUAUACGCAGAGCUCGUGCGAACGCGGGCGUGGGUCGCGCGCCGCGCAAGUCGGAGCUGGUGUACCUGGAGGCCUCCCCGAGCUACUGCGAGCCGGAUCCCAGCGUGGGCUCCUUCGGCACACACUCACGACACUGUAAUAGGACUUCGCGGGGCGAGGACGGGUGCGAGCGGCUGUGCUGCGGCCGCGGCUUCACCACGCGAAAGACGGCUCGGGAGGAGAAGUGCCGCUGCCGCUUCCAUUGGUGCUGCAGCGUCACCUGUGACACCUGCGUCGUGCGUGAAGAGAUCAACGUCUGCCACUGAACGCCAUCUAACGGCGAGUUUAUAAACCAAUACGAAGAGCGCCAUCUAACGGAUACAUAUAAACCGUAAUAUGUCCUACGCCAUCUAGCGACGAAUAGCAUUACUACUGCUUGUCGUAAAAGCGCCAUCUAUUAUCAAUAUUAAGAACAAUUUGCGCGCCAUCUGGAGCCUAUUAUUAAAACUUUUCCACGCUUUCUACUAGUGAAAAAUAAAAUACUAUUAUUUAUUUACGCCGUACGAGAUAAAGAUAUAAUAUACCUAAAAUUAAUCAAAGCCGGCAAAAAAGUUAAGUGAAUGAUUUAAAUGUCUUAUAUAUUACAUAAUGAUUAAUUUAAUCGCUCGACGUUUGAGGAAUCAGCCGCAACUAACAUAAAAACAGAGGAGAGGAGUUGCGCUGCCCGCAGAAUUUUGCCCACUCCUCAGGGGUCGUACGGUGUAUGAUAAAAGUUCUGUACUUAUGCGUAAAUUG